GGGCGCUUUGUUCCGGGGCUGGAGGUGUGGCCGGCGGUGUGGCCCGCUCGCCCUGCUGCGCUGCACUCGGGCGCCCGGCUCUGGCUGUGCGUGGCCUCUACCCCAGCCACCCGCCCCAGCACAACGGUGUGCGGUGAAGUCGCUCGCCACCCGGAUCUCAGUGGGGGAGGGCCUGGCCACCGCUCAGACAGACUCCUUUGACUGUAGUCACCCCGGGGUUCCUCGGUUGCCCGGGUGUGGCUACCAGAAGCAUGGCCACCAGCGCUGUACCCAGUGACAACCUCCCCACGUAUAAACUAGUAGUGGUGGGAGAUGGAGGUGUGGGCAAGAGCGCCCUCACCAUCCAGUUUUUCCAGAAGAUCUUUGUGCCUGACUACGACCCCACCAUUGAAGAUUCGUACCUGAAGCAUACGGAGAUUGACAAUCAGUGGGCCAUUUUGGAUGUUCUAGACACAGCAGGGCAGGAGGAGUUCAGUGCCAUGCGGGAACAGUACAUGCGCACUGGGGAUGGCUUCCUCAUCGUGUACUCAGUCACUGACAAGGCCAGCUUCGAGCACGUGGACCGCUUCCACCAGCUCAUUCUGCGUGUCAAGGACAGGGAGUCUUUCCCAAUGAUCCUCGUGGCCAACAAGGUGGAUUUAAUGCACCUGAGGAAAAUCACCAGGGAGCAAGGAAAAGAAAUGGCGACCAAACACAAUAUCCCGUAUAUAGAAACCAGUGCCAAGGACCCGCCUCUCAACGUGGACAAAGCCUUCCAUGACCUCGUUAGAGUAAUUAGGCAACAGAUUCCAGAGAAAAGUCAGAAGAAGAAAAAGAAAACGAAAUGGCGAGGAGACCGGGCCACGGGCACUCACAAACUUCAGUGUGCGAUCUUGUGACAGCCUGAAACCCUGGGUGUAGCCACCAUGAACUGCUAGCCCCGGGACCAGCCCACUGCCUAACUGCACUGAGAACCAUUUCUUACCACAGCCCUUGGCUCUGGACUGGGCACAGGAAGGGAGCAAGGGAGGAUGGGUAGGAGCAGACAGGGUCUGGCUUUGCCAUCUCUCCCAGGAGACAAGCAACAGCUUCCAAGCCCUCCGUGUGUUGAUUGAGCCCAGUUCCCAGUCUCUCGGUGAUGUGUGGUUUCUUUUAAGUACAUAGGGCUGAUUUGCUGUGGAAGUGUUUAUCCACAUCCAAUAUACUAGACAAGCCAUGAACAAGCUUCCUCCCCGACCCCGUCCCCAGUGUCUGAGCUCUGAUGUCUUUUGUAGAUUUUUAAAUUAUUUGAGUAAUGAUUAUUUUAUUAAAGAGGCCUGUGCCCACUGCCUGGUGAAGCCCAGGUCUUCAGCAGACCUCUCGGAUAGUGUCGGGAACAGCGCUCUUGUCUUUUUAACUGAGAGUUCCUAGCAGUGCCAAACUUCAUCCAGGAUGAAUGGCGGAGAUGGCAGAAGUUAGUGGAGGUCUUGGCAGAAGCCUGGGGUAGAGUCAAACCCAGGAAGCAAACCCCAGAGACUGGAGAGAGGGCGAUGGAUUUAUCUGGAGGAUGUCGGUGUAGUUGAAAAUGCAGAGAUUAGAAAAAUCCCCUCAUUGCUACCCGCCCCCACCCCCACAGCCAUUGGAGUGAGAGCUGACUGGGGCCAUUUCACCCCAGAAGGGUUUUCCUUAUCCUAACAGUGGGCGGGGCCAGUGACUGGCUUUGCCAGCAUGUUCAUUUGUUUUUCAGGCAGUGGGUAAAUUCUGUGUUCAGAUGUGGACAGGGCCCUGAGCGUCUCAGAUGUGUCCCUUCCUGCUUGCUCACAUCCUGUGUGUUGCUAUGCCCCUGACAAACACAGGGGCAUGUCCCAGGAGGUGACUGUGACACCAUCCAGAAAGCUGUUGUUCUGUGAUCGUUCUUAGCUGAAAGCACUCAAUACUAUUAGCACCGAAACAUCAGGACCUGAAGCCAUCUCCAUCUGAGUCAGCUGACUACCACCUUUAUAAGCCCAGCCAAUGAGCACACCCCUUCUGGCAUCAGUGUUACGACUGCCUUUUGGUGCACACUUCCACUGCCUUAGGUCUUCUGUCUCCUGUCUUAGAUCACAGGGGAAAGGAAAGUUGAGCUGGUAACAUAGUCCCUACACUGUUUCAGCAGGGAUACUGCUCUCCCACCAGGUUGCACCCUUCCCUCUCUGCUUCUGUUGGUGGGGUAAAGAUUGAGUUUAGGGGGACAAGAGGGACGAGAUGCACUCUGUGGGAGGGUCACAAAGAAGGCAGGACAGCUAGUAAGCUAUUUGCCAGCUUACCACGCAACAUGGCAGGUCCCCACCAGGUGGCUGGGCCACUCUGGAGAAAGAAACUCAUGGAAAGAAAUCCAAGGCAAGUGAGCACCAAGCGGAUGUCCAGCCUCACGAUGCUUUUCAAUCCAGAAAGUCUUAACUUGUUGACACACAGGACCCGCGUCACCGAAGGCCCCAUCCAAGGGACAGUUCUGCUACAGAAGGAAGUGAUUGUUAGCUGAAGAUCAAACUUCUAACUUGUCAAACUGCCACCCUUCGCCCCACAUUUUUCUGUUUCUAAAAAGGAUACCAAAGAACAUUCCAGAUGAGGUAUCUCACCAUUUCCAAGAUCCUGUAAUACUUAGGAAUUUUUCAACGCUAAGAGGACCGGGCUUUCUCUGGCCUUAGACUCUUGGAGUCGCACCCACUGCAACUGCCGCCUGGAGAGGUGCAGGGUGCUCUCCAUGGAAUACAGAGACGGAGACAGAAGGCCCUGUUCUCGGGGCAGCAGCCACUAUCAGAGAGCCCCCGUCUCCUGCCCACAGCACCCCUUCAUCUGGAACCACACCUCCACUGUGCUGAGUAGGGACUUUCACUGGAAGCAGAGCAGUUGCCCCAAGUCACACAGAAGGAGGCUCUCAGUACUCCUGCCCUCCCAGAAGAGACAGCGCAUCCAGGCCCAUCAUCCGGGACAUUCAUUCUCAACCGCCCACAUGCUAAGCUGACUCCAUACUGGCUAACAUCUGGCCUUCUGCAGUGUCUGACUCAGGGCUGCUGAUAAGCUUUCAUUUCCCAGAAUCCCAUGUCUCAAGUGAGAUAGGUAGGUAACACUGCAGAAUUAGAAAGGAGCCCUUCAGCAGAGUCUCCAGAGAGCCCAAGUCAAGUACGCUCAGCCCACCUCUAUCACCAGCCAACAGGGGAAGCCUGGAAACCUGGUUGGCCAUGAUACCAUGUGACCUUUGAGUCUGCAGCCGAGUUCUCAUUCUGAGGUUCCCUCUAGUUUUUCAGAAACCUGUUCCUAUCACAUCCCCUGAAGUACACCCUCUCAGGAAUCCCCUCACCCCUGCGCCUCUUUCGUGUGCUCCGAUUUCCUCCCAUUACUCUGACGCCUCCUUAUGGGCUCCUUUUCUCUUCCUAGCCAUUCCCUCUCCCCCAGAAUGGGGCUGUGCCAUGGCUACUUCCUUCCCAAGCACUUUGCCAUACAGGGGACAUCGGGAUGUUUGCCUUAGGAGCUUCCUGCCGUCCCAUGGUUCUUGCUGAGGAGAGUACCUGAUUGAAUUAAUGUACCUGUCUUGCCUGCCAGGAGAUGUGACCCACUAACCCAUGUUAGCUCUAACCCGAGAGCCCCUCAGACCCUGCUACACUAAGUCCAGAGCCACAGAGGGGUCCCUUUAGCAGCCCACCUGGUUGGAGACUCCACAUUGGCUGGGGUUUACCUAGAAUGCCAGAUACUUGAAACACUGAGCCCUUUGAGUGACAGUAUUAGCAGGUGGCCAUUGUCGUGAGCGAGAAUGAUCCCUGGACGUCUCGAUGAUGCUUGAGCCUUUUAUGUAACUUUUUAUCAAGUCUUUAUGUAUCUCUACUUAUUAAUAAAGAAACAAAGAGAAA